AUGGCCUCCGCUCCAGACUACACCAUCUAUCUAGUCCACGGCUGUGUGGGAGCCCUGCCUGAGUCCUCCUCAGAGCUUCAAAGGGAAGAAGGCCUCAAGGACCAACAAAUGGUCCCAUCAGCUGUUCCUCAUGUCCCAGAAGUCUUCACACUGAAAGAAAAAGGGACCCUCAGGAAGACAGCUUCCCAGAAUUCACGCCUGUGGGCCCAGCUCAGCACUGUACAAGCCAGUGACUCCACAGAUGACACCAGAGAUACCAAAAUCAGUUCCUUGACAAACUCCAGAUGGCUUCCGGCUGGGUCCAGAUGCUGCGGAAGUGGAGGCUCAUGCCCAGAGCCUGGAGAAGGACCGUACACUGCUGAGAUCGCGGGUGCUGGAAGGGCUGCAGACCACUGCUGGCUCCACGGGAUGCAGGCGCACCAGCAGCUCCCUGGGCUCCUUCUCUACUCUAGCAUCAAGGAGCUGCAGACCUUGGCUACCUUAGGGCUUCAUGUGGCCAUGCUAGCCCAGCAGAUCCAUCUAGAAAAGGUUCUGAUGGCUGAACUCCUCCCUCUGAUAAACACCCAGGAGCCAGGAGGGCCACCUUGGCUGGAGGUGAGCACUUCCUCACAGCCCUUGGAGAUGAUCAUGUAG